CCGAUACACCCCCAUCAUCUAUCAGUUUUCUCUUUUCAAGCUUCUUGCAUUUUUCUUACUUCUCUCUACCGAUCCUCAACAAUCACCAACCAUGGCGCCACCCAUGAUCCACGAAAACGCACUCGACUGCAUUGGCGAGACGCCGCUGAUCCGGCUGAACCGCAUCCCACAAUUGCGUGGGAUCAAGUGCAACGUGUACGCCAAGUGCGAGUUCUUUAAUGCCGGCGGUAGCAUCAAGGACCGCGUAGCCACGGCCAUGAUCGACACCGCCGAGCGCGACGGCCGCCUGAUCCCUGGAAAGAGUGUGAUCAUCGAGCCGACGUCCGGCAACACGGGCGUCGGGCUGGCGCUCGCAGCGGCGGUGAAAGGCUACAAGUGCAUUAUCGUUCUUCCGAUGAAGAUGUCGACGGAGAAGGUCAACACGAUGCGCGCGCUCGGCGCGCACGUCAUCCGCACCCCGACGGAGGCGGCGCACGACGAUCCGCGCUCCAACCUCCAGGUCGCCAGGCGCCUGGCAAAGGAGACGCCCCACGCUGUCCUGCUCGACCAGUUUAGCAACCCGGCCAACCCGGCGACGCACCGCCUCACCGCCGAGGAGAUCAUCCGCGCUCUCGCGAACGGCUCCGUCAAGAGCCGUAGUCAACUGCAGCAGCAGCCCUCUAUGGUCAGCAAGCCGGUAUCCAACGUGAAGAACCUCACCGCCGAGCAGCUGCUGCCCAACGCGGCGCAGCGCCCUCUGACACCUGAGCUCAGCAGCCCCGAGGGCUCGCCACCCUCCGUGCACCGCCAAGUCGCGCUCGGGUCUGACCACCCAAGCGGGAGCAGCAGCAGCAACGUCCUUGUCGACGCACUCUUCGCCGGUGUCGGCACGGGCGGCACCGUCUCGGGCAUCGCGUCGCGUCUGAAGGAGGCGGACCACAACCCCAACUGCUACGUCGUUGCUCUCGACCCCGUCGGCAGCAUGCUCGCCGAGCCGGCGGAGCUGAAUGUUCUUCCCAAGGGCUCGACGGGUGCUUACAAGGUUGAAGGUGUCGGCUACGACUUUGACCCGCAGACGCUGAACAAGCGUGUGGUCGAUCAGUGGCUCAAGACGAAUGAUGACGAGUCAUUCGCGAUGACCCGCGAGCUGAUCCGCACCGAGGGCUUGCUCAUCGGCGGCAGCUCCGGCGCAGUGGUCAGUGGAGCGAUGCGUUGGCUGCUCAACGAAGGCUGGGAGAGCAUCGGUAGUCAGGAAGGCAAGAACGUUGUCGUUGUGCUGGCGGACGGGAUCCGAAACUAUGUCUCCAAAGAGUGGCUCGUUCAAGACUCCGAAGACGUCGUCCUGCCUGAGGCAUGAGCCGCUUCGGAAUUCCCGAUGGCUUCCACCUCUACCACGCGCCUGCGUUGCCAAUCAUCAUCAUCACGCCGUCUGCACCCUUCCUCUCAACGCUGGAGGCGCAAGCACGGCAACCAACCGCAAGAAAGGAAAAAAAAGGAAAAAAAAGGAAAAAAAAACAGAAUUCGAAAACAUCAAACCGAUAGUUUAGUCGGUGUA